UUCACGCGUGUACUUUAAUUGUUUUAUCGAGAAAAUGUGAUUUGCACUUUGCAGUUUGCAAUAGGACUUUGCAAUGUGCAUGUUAAUGUCGUUUUGAUUAUACCAAGUAAGAAAGUUAAACGGUCAAAGGCUAGUCAGAAUGACUGAUCAAGAUACAAACAACAAUAUCCUUUCGUUACGGGAGAAUUUGGUGAAAACGGCAGUACAGUUUCUACAAAAUCCUAAAGUAUCAUCGAGUCCAUUAACCCAAAAGCAGGAAUUUCUUAAAAGGAAAGGCCUCACGAAUGAAGAGAUUAAAACAGCUUUCAAAUUAGCAUCUGUUGACAAUAUAACUGAUCGCAAUGCUCUUCAGAAUCAGAAUCCACAUACUGCUAUACAAAUACCACCUAUUCAUCCGUAUCAUCAAAUAAAUGUUCACCAACCAACACUUUUGUCGAAAAUUAAAGAAUUCUUUAAUGCGACUGCAUUAAUUGGUGUCACAGUAUACUGUGUAUAUUGGUUUUAUAAGAAAUUUAUAGAACCUUUUCUAUUUGGUCGGAAAAAGAAAAAGUGCAUAGAAGAUACAGUAACCGAAUUAGAUAAAACUGUCCAAAAUUCCAUGAAAGAAGUGAAAGAUUCUAUCUUGAAGGUAGAAGGUGAAGUGCAAAAAUUGACUGAGCAUCAAGCACUGGACCCAACUAUCCCACAAUUGGUGCAAGAACUUAAACAUGAUUUAUCUAGUCUAAAAGCAUUACUUUUAUCAAGAAAACAAUUUCCUACUGCCCCUGCAUCUAUACCACCGUGGCAGUUGAGUGCAUCAAAUGUAAGCCAAGAAAAAGCAACUGAACGAGAAGACGAUGCUGGAAGUGGAAGCAGUACUAACAAUUCGGAUAGUUCUUUGGAAAUGAUUCGAGAAGAUCCACCUAAGGAAUAAGUUUAGAAGUUUUGAGUUCAUCAGAGAGAAUUAUACUUCCAUAAUGAUAGUCUUCGAUACACGUAAUAUAUUCAGCAUAAUAUUGAAGCAAAAGGAUUAUAAUUUCAAUGCUACAUGAUAUAUUACA